CCUUACUGUAAUUGCACUGCCCGCCCCACUUUGAGACAGUUUCAAAAUCGAUCUCGAGAAUUGAUACGCAAACUGCUGUGGUAGAACGGCGAUGGCAGCCUCUGCACUUCAAGGCCAUCGGUAUGUUGAGCUUAAACCAGUCACGGAGGGCGAUGGCUGGGAUGCAGAGGCGCUGCUAAAAGCGAUUAGCCCAACGACUCUUCCGCCGGGCGAUAACGAGGCGCUUGAAAAGGCGGAGCUGAAGCGCCGCGGCUGGCGCGACCCGCGCGGCCUGUUCGGCUACUCGAAGGACUCGCCGUACAAGGACUUGUACAUCUACUUCGACGCGGCCGACCGGAGCUCGCCGGUCAACGUGGCGGCGUCCAAGGCGUUCCGCUGCUACGGCCUGGACGGCAAGCAGGGCGUGAUUGACUGGGAGGUCAUCCGGGGCCCGUGCGUGCUACUGCGGGGGGAGCCGCCCAAGAUGACCAGCUUCACCACCGGCAAGCUGGAGCAAAUGGACUUCCCCUACCACCCGCUCAUCACGCCGCAAGAGCUGGUGGACACGCUCCGAUUCUUCCAGAACCGGGACGCGCACAAGGUCGCGCUCAAACGCGACGCCACGCGCUCCAUGAUGGACAUCCCUCGCAACCACCCCAUGUGGGGCACGGCCCCACCCGGCGCCGCGCCCACCCCUGGCCCCGGUGGAAAGGGCGGCGCCGCCAUGAGUGCCGCCGAAAUGGGCGCCGCUAUGAGCGCCGCGAUGCGCGCCGCCAUGGACGCCGCACAGGGCGGCGCGAAGGGCGCAGCACAGGGUGCCGCCAUGGGCGCCGCCAUGGGCGCCGCGAUGCGCGCCGCAAUGGGUGCUGCACCGGGCAUCAGUGGCGGCAGCGCGGGCGCCGCACCGGGCGUCAGUGGCGGCGGCGCGGGCGUGUAUGUGUCGCCUGCUGGCACGAGGCCGCUGGACAAGGUGGCGGGCAAGGACGCGCGCACGUGCGGUGGCUGCGGCAAGCCCAACAGCAUCGCGUGCGGCCUCAAGAAGUGCUCCGCGUGCAAGUCGGUGUGGUACUGCGGCCUGGACUGCCAGCGCAGGGACUUCCCCAGCCACAAGAAGGAGUGCAAGGCGCUGGCGGCGGCGGCGGCUGUGGCGGCGGCGGCAGAGGCGGCGGCGGCGAAGGAGACGUAGUGAUGGAGGUGACGGGAAGAGAGGCUGGCAGCGCAGGGCAGCGGCAGCAGCGCAGGGCAGCAGCAGCGCAGGGCAGCAGCGGCAGCAGCGCAGGCGUAAUGUGCGAACUGGCGUAGGGGCACAGGGAACAGUCGCGCAGCGGCGCAGCAGCUGCCAGGGUGACGACGGGGGCUUUAAGUGAUGGAUAGCAUUGGUCCAUGGGUUACAUGCUGUGUGUGUGCGUAACGUGAAAUUUACGGGGUGGGACGCUGCGGCAUGUGCGUAUGUACGGCUAUGUAGAGUAGCUAGCAAAACAAAGCGCUCUGUUGAAAUGCGUUUGCGCGUCCGCUCCUUGCCGCCGUUUGUGGUCGUGACAGCGGUAGACCCCGGGCUGUGCAGCGGGGGUGCUGUGUUUGGGUGCUGUUGCUGUUCACUUGGGGUUGAUCACUUAUCACGUUGCUGUGCAGAUACCGUUCUGUUGGGCGCAGCAGGCAGGCGGCUAGGCAUGGCAGUUUGGAAGUGCCAGGACGCCCCGCCCUUUGCAGAGCGCUGCACGGCUUUGGGGUUGCGGUUAACGAGUGCUGCGCACGUGCUUGUCACUCAUCAGACCCACCCCGUACUCCAGCCCCCGCACGAAAGCGGUACACAUGUAACAGGUGGCUGGU